AUGAUGACUAACCAAGGUGUUUAUGCUAGUCAACAUCCACUUGUUGCUAUUAAAUUAUCUCAAUUGAGAGAUAAAAAUCAACCACCCAAGGUUGUAAGAGAACUGAUUCAUGAUUUAUCUUGUCUGUUGGCUUAUGAAGCUACUGCUGAUUUGUCUAUAGAGAGAAGCGAAAUAUUGUCUUCUUCUCCUUUUGGAACCUAUCAACCGGUUUAUGUCAAGGAUAAGGUAGGGUUAGUUCCUGUUUUAAGGUCUGGUCUUGGUCUUUUGAACGGCUUUUUGAACGUAUUUCCCGAUGCACCUGUCUAUCAUUUGGGUAUCUAUCGCGAAAAGGUAUCUCGUCAACCGGUAGAAUAUUAUAACAAACUACCUCAUGAGCCCAACGUCAACCAGUGCUUCGUGCUCGAUCCUAUCAUUGCUACGGGUAAUACGGCUGUGGCGACUAUCAACAUAUUAAAGGAAUGGGGAUUAAGUGGUUCACAGAUAAAGUUUGUUGGUAUUAUUGGGUCAAAGGAAGGUGUUGAACAUCUUCAAAGAGAACAUCCAGAUGUUCGUCUUCAUUUGGCUACUAUUGAUGAUGUCUUAGAUACCCAAGGAUACAUUAAUCCUGGUAUUGGCGAUUCUGGCGAUAGAUUAUGGAACACAAUAUCAUAAGCUACCUUUUUUUUCCUUUUCUUUUUUUUCCCACCAAAUAAACA